UGUAUGAAAGUUUGAUCAUUGAGUUGCACUUUUUGAGCGUACCUGCAUUGAGAUUGCUGGGAACUUGAUCGAUUGGAGCAAGUCGGUCACAUGCGAUAAGACGUAAUCUAGAGCGAAUCUUAAGCCAUUGUCACGUACUUUAUGCACGGUUCGCUGCAUUUACGGCUGAAGUGAUGACUCCAGUUUUGCUACGUGUCCUUUCAGUCCAGUUUUCACUUUAUAACAGUUACUCUUACACUUGAAUAAGAUCCUUUCCCGACCGACUUCAUACUCGCGCAUGUGUCGCUUCGUAAUUUACAAGGGCACAUCACCUGUGCAGCUGUCUCAUCUCUUAACUCGACCGUGCCAUUCCAUUAUAAACCAGGCCUUUGAUUCGCGGCUGCGUCUCGACCAUCGUCGGCCAAUCAACGGUGAUGGCUUCGGCGUCGGUUGGUAUGAUUCCGUCCACGAUGAGGAACUUGGCAGCCAACCUUGUAUAUUUACCGCUGUUACACCGGCAUGGAAUAACGUAAACUUAAUCCGAUUAGCAGAGAAGAUCAAGUCACCACUCGUCUUUGGGCACGUCCGUGCGACAACCACUGGUUCUUUGUCUUUGGAUAACUGUCACCCAUUUGCAUAUGGGAAACUUAUGUUCAUGCAUAACGGUGCUAUUGCAGACUUUCAUCUGAUUAAGCGACGACUGCAGGCCGAUCUGUCGGACGAUGUAUUCAAUGUAGUACAAGGGAAUACGGACUCUGAGUGCGCUUUCGCACUACUGCUGUCGAAGCUCCCCGACCCAAAGGCUAAGAGCUUUACCACUCGCACCUUGCAGCAGGCAAUGCUGGAUACUAUUGCAACUUUAAAUUUAUAUGCCGAGGAAGCCGGUAUCACUGAGCCAAGCUUGAUGAACUUCUGUGUUACGGAUGGCGAGAGUGUCGUCGCAACGCGUUAUAUUUCCUCUCGGCACGACGAAGCUGCGUCAUUGUGGUUCUCGUCUGGGACGACAUUCAGCGAAUACGCCCAAGGCGGUCAUUACAGGAUGGCGAAAGCCGAUAAAAGAGAAAACAUCAUCAUGAUAGCCAGCGAGCCGCUUACUUUCGAAAAAGCGGACUGGAUGGAGAUACGCACGAACAACAUGGUCGUGAUCACACCCAAAAUGAACCUCCUGCAGAUCCCUAUCGUUGACAAAUUCUAUGUCUCUCCUUCCGACCCAGCGGCACUGAAUCGUGACACUGACUUUGCCGCCGCCAAGGGCCUCCUCAGCCCACAUAAAGCCUUAGCUCCAAUCCAACCUCGCAAAAACGCCCCUCAAUUGUCCAUCUGAUUUUUUCUUGCGAUACC